UUCUCUUUAAAACCAGAGUACCAGCAGCUAAACCCCAAAUUCCCCAGCUCUCAUUCUUGAAUACUUUCAUUUCAUGGAGUUCAGACCUCGUGAUUACAAAACCGAGAAUGAAUCUCACGCGCUUCCUCGCGCACGCGCCGACGCUCAUCCUCUCUCUUGUCCACUUCCACCCCUUACACAGGUUAACGAUGCUGUGGUUGGUGGGAAUGCUGAUUUCUAUGAUCCACUGAGAGGAGGAAUUGAUAAUGAUCCAAUAAAGGAAUGGACCUCUUUCAGGAGACUACUUAUGCAGAGGUUUCCUGUUUCGAAGGGACUU